AUGGACCGGGGUCUAUAUUUUUGUGUUCCAUUUCGUGAACAACUACUCAAAUAUUAUGAGAAGGUUAAAAAUCCAGAUGUAGAAGAAAAUCUCCUUACAUGUUUGGCAGAACUGUUUACACAGAUUAGUACACAAAAGAAGAAAAUAGGUGUUAUUGCUCCAAAACGCUUUGUACAAAGAGUGAAGAAAGAAAAUGAACUUUUCCGUGGUUACAUGCAUCAGGAUGCACAUGAAUUUUUGAACUUUUUGUUAAACGAACUAGUUGAUAUACUAGAGAAAGAAACAAAAGGUACAAAAGAACAUUCAUCACCUCCUGAAAAGAUUCCCAAUGGCAUACAUGUCCCUCUGGCCAAUGGUGUAAGAAAGGAGCCCUUGGUUACAUGGGUUCACAAAAACUUUCAGGGUAUACUCACAAACGAAACAAAGUGUUUAAGAUGUGAGACUGUAACUGCAAGAGAUGAGACACUCUUAGAUCCGAGCCUUGAUAUUGAGCAAAACAAUUCCAUUACAAGUUGCCUAAAGAACUUCAGUUCCACCGAGACUUUAAAUGGAAGCACAGAAGAGGAUGAAGAUCAAGAAACAGCCGCAUAUUUUAGUGAUACAUGUCGCAAAUAUGCCAAAUCUGAAAGCGUUAUUUUCCAUUAUAAUGGUCAUGGUGCACCUAAACCAACUACCAAUGAUAGAAUACCUGGGAGACAAACUGAUCGUAAGAAACUUCUUGGUGAGUUGAACUGGAGAUCUGCCUUUAUUGAUUAUUCACUUGAUUGUUCUCCUGUAUCUUAUCCAAUGUUACCUCCAACUCAUCAACACCAUAUGUGGGAUGCAUGGGAUAUGGCUGCUGAAAUCUACCUUUCACUUGAUUGUUCUCCUGUAUUUUAUUUUGGUUAUGGUUUGACCACGUGUCAUUACAGGGACUUUGAUCUUGUGAAAGCAUCUGGAUUGGUUCCUCCUGUGAUGCGAUCAUACAGUAAUAAUAUUAAUGGGGAUUAG